AUGGGUUUAGCCAAUUGCAAAUCUUGCCACGUCUCAAUGGAAGCUCGACUAAAAACUGAGCAAAUUGAUGAUAGUCCAUCGGUUGAUGCAACUCUGUGUAGGAGUGUAAUAGGCAACCUGAGAUAUUUGAUUCUGAGAUAUGUGAAGGGCACAACCAAUCAUCGAUGCCACUAUACACGUAGGAAGGAUUUGGGUUUGAAAUUGACAGGAUACAGUGAUAGUGAUUUUACAGGUGAUGUUGAUGAUAGGAAGAGCACCACAAGUGUGAUUUAUUUUCUUAGGGGUAAUCCAAUUACAUGGGUAUCACAAAAACAAAAAGUGGUGGCUUUAUCGUCUUGUGAAGCUAAGUAUGUGGCCGAGACUGCUGGUGCGUGUCAAGAAGUAUGGCUAGCAAGAUUGUUGGGUGAAAUGCAAAAGGUGAAGUAG